AUGUUACUCGAACCGAAGGAUUUCCCUCAGAUGUGGCAGAAACCGUCAAGUGAAGAAUUACUCAGCACACUAAAGCAGCUGGAACUGAGCCCUCCAAUAUGGAGUCACAGGCGCAGGAGGUCGGAUAUCCUCCAUGAAGAGGAGACCACCGCUUACUUUCGGCGCGAGGUAUCGAUGUACCUCUCCUCCGUUAUAAAGAGCGGACUGUCUUGGAUCGAUGAUGACGUUGACAAAGAGGCUAUUUGGUCGGAGGCAAGUAAACGGCUGACGGAGCGAUGUGGGCGUACAGCAAUGGGUGAGAUUACUCGCCGAUGGCCAUUUAGAGAAGACACUCUAACGCCGACAUUUGAACUUGUUAUUCGAGAACCGCCUCUGACUGGAGAUUCACUCGGUCUGAAGACCUGGGGCUCGUCUUACGUAUUGGCUCAGUACUUGCCAAGUUUGGGUCCUACGUCGCUCUUCCGGCUCUUCGAUGAGUCACUUGGCCAACCUCGGCCAUCUGUGCUGGAGCUGGGAUCCGGCACGGGACUACUUGGAUUGGCAGCAGCUGCCUUAUGGAAAGUUCAUGUUAUUUUGAGUGACUUGCCCGAUAUCAUGGACAAUCUGCGUCAUAACGUGGAGGCCAAUCGGGCAACAGUGGAGAAGCUAGGGGGAUCGCUGGAUGCGGGUGCUCUUACGUGGGGAGGCUCAGGGGAGGACGAGGUUGAUCAAGACCUCUUUGAAAAGAAAAACCAGUUCAAGGUCGUCCUUGCUGCAGACCCGAUGUACGACGAUAAUCACCCCGGCCUUUUGGCCGGCGCCUUUUCUACACAGCUUUCUGUGGAAGAUGAUGCCCGUGCCGUCGUCAUGGUUCCGCUACGAGAUGAAACGACCAAGAGACUUCUCAAAAGUUUCAGGGAUGCCAUGGGGAGUCAGGAACGUCCCCUUACCUGCAUUGAAGAGGGAACUCUCGACGGCCAGGACGACUGGGGCGAGGCCGAGGAGGGUAGCCAAGUGAGCUGCUGGUGGGGAAUUUUUGCACACCAGCAUACAGCAUAG